UUCAGUGGGGGAGGGGACCUCGGCAGUUGGACCCAGCCCCAUGUGCCUGAGGGAGGGAAUCCCUGGGAGAUAUUGGGGGAUCUACCCCAGGAAUCCCCCAUUCCUUAAGGGACCUCUGGGGUUAACCUCCCCCAACCUCCCCAGCCCCUCUGCAUUCUCGCUCCCAGAUGGGGUCUUGCCAGGUGCCUGCAAACUUCGCAGGAACUUCGUCUCCCCGACCCACUUUGCCUCCGACCUCCAACCACGGUCCUUGCGGGGCUGCCUGACCUCUGACCCCCCUUGGGACCCUGAAGUUCACAUCAUCCUCUCCAAAGGAGCCACGCCCGGGCCCCCAGCCCAUCUCACUGUGGAGCUCCAAGCACCCGGAGGCUGCUGCUCGCCCCGGCGGGAGCUGAUCGUGGUGCUGAAGAGUAAGGGCGCCACCAGCUGGCUGGUCCGAAUCCACCACAUGGCCGGGCGCCUGCGAAUCCUGGCAUCCCACGAGGUCUCGGUCAGCAGCACAGAACCAGAACCGGACCUGGCUGUGAGCAGCAGCAUGUCCCUGGGCCUGGCCUAUGCCAGCGACCCCAUGGCCUGGGCAAUGGAGCAGGGGCUGCCUGGGAUCACAUCUUACACAGAGGCUGAGCAGGUGAACAGGUUCCUGGUCAUCGUGGGGCUGGAUGGGGACCCCAAGGCCCCCCACCCCUCCAUCCCGCUCCCCAGACCCGCCAAGAUCUCUGCCAUGGUCCGGGCGGCCUCGGGAGGCAGAAGCGCUGUGGGGCUGGCGGGAGCUCUGUCUGUGGCAUGUCUGAGCGAUAGGGUGGCUGUUCAUGUCAACAAGGACAUGCUCCAGGCUGCCAGACUCUCCCCAGCCCGAGUGACCCUGCGGGACCCCAGCUGUGCAGCCCAGUCAAAUGGCACCCACUUCCUGCUGGAGUCUCCCCUGGCUGGCUGCGGUGCCCUGCGCAUCCCGGCCCUGGACCCCACAUUGGGCGUCUGGCGGUACCAGAAUGCGGUGGUGCUCCGGGGCAGCAGGCCAGGGGCAGUGCCCAGGGGUCCCCCACUCCCGGUGGGACAGGCUGAAGAUAGCUCGGAGUCCAUUGAGUUCUCCUGCUCCUCCCCAGCCCUGAGCCAGCCGUCCCGCUCUGCUGAGCCCAUCCCGGAUCUGCCCUUUCACCUGGGCCGUGUCCUGCUCAGCCUGGAGGUCUACAGCUCCGAGGCCUUCGCCAAGGCCCAGGGACCCUGCACGGUGUCGGCCAACAGCCGCGUCUUUGUGGAAGCUGCGCUGGCUGCCUUCGACCCUGGGCUUAGCUUCAGCAUCCGCCUCUGCUUCCUCUCGCCAAGCUCCUCCUCCUCGCUGGACUCACCCUACAUCCUGGUGCGGGGGGGCUGCCCGGCCCACCCCGACGUCUCUCUGCACCCGCCCCACAUGGGGGCUGCAGGCCGGGCAUUGUCCCCCAGCUCCCAGGAGCUACAGCGCCUCAGCUUCCUGCUCCGGCCCCUCUACAAUGACUCCAUCCAAUUCCUGCACUGCCGCCUGGCCCUCUGCACCCAGGAGCCCCAGGGCCAGGCUGGAGCCUAUGGGGGCGCCCUCCCCAAGUGUGGGCCCCAGGCCGGGGCAUGCCCCAGCAGCCGCGUGGGGGAGCCGAGCAGCGGGCGGUUCCAGUACACCUUCACCAAAGCCAUCAUCGUAACGGUGGGGAGCCUGACCAGAGCCACCAAACCCACCCCAGGAACAGCAGAUCCCUUUCCGGUGCCCUUUCCUCUGGCUGGCAGGAGGGGGAAGGUGCUGAAGGAGGCACCCCGGCCAGAGCAGGGAGAGACCCUCCCUGCCCCCCUGCCCCAGGGCCUGGAGCUGCCCACCGUGGUGGGCAUCGUCUUCUCAGCUUUCGUCAUCGGCAUCUCUCUCACUGGGGGGCUCUGGCUCAUUCACUCCAGGACAGCUCACAGGGGCCUCCCUGACCAUGCUCUCAGGGAUACGCUGGCACCGGCCCCACCGUCACCACCUGCAGGCGCCCAGCCCUGCGGCUCCCGGGAUCAGCAGCCCAUCGGACUCUGCUCAUCACAGCCAGGGAGGCGACUUGGGGAAGGGCCUCUCCACCUGGCCCGAAGGGUCCCCUCCCUGUGACCGGCGGGCGGCAGGCCUUGCCCAGGCAUCGGGGCUGCAGCACCAGCUGGUUCUUUGCCGGCUGCGGCGCGUGUUUGCGCUUUGUGGGUAUAAAUGUGACCGCGGAGGAUGUAC